AGACCAUGGGGAAAUGCAGACAUGAAUGCAGUACUGCAGAAAUUGCCAGAUCUAACUAAGGGAGGAAUGAGAUGGUUAAAUAAACUCACCACAUUAACCCAUGGUAAUGAACUAGCAAUAGGGGACUUUAGGGCCCUAAUGGGACAUCUGCUUACCAGAACCCAGAUGACUACUUUAGAGGAUGAAGCUAGAAUAGAAGACAUGGCCAAUGAGAAACCACUGUCCAAAGUAAUUACCCAAAUAAGCAGGGCUCUUACAAACCUAUAUCCAACACCAAAAAUGACUUAUCAAUCUAUAAAAUUUAAGAUAGGAGCAGAAGAAUCUGCAUCAGCAUAUCUGCAUAGGACAGAAGCUGAAUGGGAAGAAAGGACAGGGCAGCACCCAGAUUGCAGUGACAUAUGUAAAGAGUUUUACAGGCAGGCAGUAGUGAAGGGAGUUCGAAAAGCAAAACAACAAGUAGAAAACAGUCCAGAAAUGUGUGGGGGUAGUGGAGAGACAUGGGCCAGGUAUUUCAUUUACUAUGUAGACAAAGCCAUGGAAAAACAAGAAAGGGAGGAUUCUGAGGUAGAAAAACUGAAAACACAGCUACUAAAAUUGCAAAUAGAGGCAGAAAAAGAAAAGAAUAAAAAGAAGCCUAGAGAGGGAGCUAUGCAAAUGCCUGUAAUGAAUCAGGGGAUGAAGGGCAGGAAGUGUCACAAAGGGGCAGCAAACUAUCAGCCUCAGGGCCCAUAUGAUUAUCCAUAUGACCCGCUGCCGGACUGGCCACCUUAUGGAAAUGGGUGGGAAAACCAAAAUUAUAGGGGGAAUUACGGGAGACCAGGGAGAGAGCAGGGGUGUUAUCUGUGCGGAGCAGGUGAUCACUGGAGAAAAGACUGCCCACUGAAUAGACGGGGACAACCUCCUGCACGGGGACGGGCUCCUGUCAGAGGAGGGCCUCAGGGAAGAGGAAGAGGUGUCCCCAGAAAUGUCCCGUGGUCUACCAACCAACAGGUGCCCAGACAAAGCCCAGUCUGGGGCCAGGCAGACCAGGCGGAUUAUUGACGAGACCCACAGAGAACCUGUAAGGGGGCUGAGGCUGAGCCCUACCUAACUAUACUGGUCAACAGACAGCCAGUAAAGGCCUUAGUGGACACUGGGGCCUCUUUCUCUACCAUCAGGCUGGAAUGGUUGAGAAAGGACGCACUAUCCUGUGAAGUACAGGAAGUCAAAGGGUUCUCUGGGGAAAUUGUAGCCUGGCCAAUAUCCAAACCUCUGUCUGUAGAAGUAGCAGGUCAAAAGGUCAUGCACCCUUUCCUAUGCUCUGCCAGUGUGCCCUCUGCUCUGCUCGGACGAGACCUGUUAGUAAAAUUGGGGGUGAAAAUUCUGUGUAGCCCAGAGGGCAUAAUUUUAACUUUUCCAAAUGGAAAAACACAAAACUGUUCCAUUAAGGGUGGUCUAGUGCAUGCAGCUGGUCAAUGGGUAUUAACUACAACAGGAAGAGUGGGAGUGGACAUUUAUUGGGUCAGAGUGCUGCAUCCAGUACAAACCAACUUUAGGCAGCUGAUAAACCAGAGACCAGACCUGUUGAGACACUUCCUGCCAGUUUCUGACCAAUUACACUGUACUUUAUACUAUGACAAAAGUAAUGAUGAGGUUUAUGCAACAGAGUUUAGCCAAUAUGUAGAUCAAAGACAUACCAACCUGAAAGGCUCAGUCAUAUACAUUGGAAAGGAAGGGGUAGCUGUGGAAGUAAGGUUAAGUAAGGAACAAUAUGACUGGUUUGAAAUGAAAACUGUCUCUGUACCACACAUUUCCUUAAUGAUCAGUAAACACCAUGGAGCCAAGGCCUUAGGCCCCAUGGUAAAAAGACUAAAACAGGCAGCAGAUUGGGAAGAUGAGAGACAGGGUUGGGAAAGAUCGCACAUGACAGGAGGUCACAGACUACACAUAGAGGAAAUAUGUGAGGGCAGGUACGAGAAGAGAAGAUCAAACAGAGAAAAGACUAAUGCUGUAAUGGAUGGGCCAGGGGCAGAAGAGAUGUUAGCCAACCUACCAGAAAAGUUAUGGUCAACAGGAAGUGAGGAUGUGGGUUAUUGUGAUAUUCAGCCAGUGUCUUUUGAAAUAGACAAAACAACAGUGGUAAAGGAGAGACAGUAUAGAAAUAAUUGUGAGGCCAUGACUGGUAUUGCCCACACCAUUCAGAGUCUAUUGAACAAGGGAGUGCUGUGUGAGACCACAUCUGAGUGGAACACCCCAAUACUGCCUGUCAUUAAACACUCCACAGGGAAAUAUAGAAUGGUCCAUGACCUGAGAAAAAUAAAUGAGAGGGUUCUGACAACACCACUGCCAACUCCAAAUCCUUACACCAUUUUAACCAGAUUGACCCCAGAACACACCGACUUCUCCUGUAUAGAUCUGGCAAAUGCAUUUUUCUGUAUACCUUUAGCAGAGAAGAGUAGGGAUGUGUUUGCCUUCACAUACAACGGCCGGAAGUACACUUACACAAGAUUACCACAAGGCUUCAUUUUGAGCCCUGGCAUUUUCAACCAAGAGCUAAGAAAGCUGCUGGACAAUCUAACAGUCGAUACCAACACAAUUGUGGUUCAAUAUGUGGAUGAUUUGCUAAUUGCAUGUACAUCUGCUGCCACCUGUCUGACAGACACAGAGAGGGUGCUGUCACUUCUGGCUGAGGUAGGGUUGAAGGCAAGCAAACAAAAGUUGCAAAUCUGCAGGCCAGAGGUCACUUUUCUAGGGCGAUUAGUGGGUCGACAGGGAACCUCUAUGACAAAUGACACCAAACAAGCCAUACUAAACCACCCAAAACCCAAAAAUGUGAAAGAUAUGUUGUCUUUUCUGGGCCUAAUAGGUUACAGCAGACAGUAUAUUGUGAAUUACACUGAAAGAACAGCUUUUAUGAGAACUUUAGUGAAGGAAAUUGGAAUGAAAAACAGUAAGGGUGAAUUGAAUUGGACAACAGAGGCUGAACAGGCCUUCAUUACCCUAAAAGGGGACAUGGCAAAGGCUGCUGCUCUACAAACCCCAGACUAUGGCCAACCUUUCCAUUUAGAUGUGACAACCACGGGCAAAACUGUGAGUGGUGUGCUGUACCAGAAACAGUUUCAACAAAGACGAGUGUUGAGUUAUGUGAGUGCUCCAUUGGACGUGGUUGAACAGAAACAAGCCCCUUGUGCUCAAUUCGCUGCGGGCGUAGCUAAAAUGAUCGAAAAAACCAAUCAUGUGGUAAUGGGACACCAAUUGAUAAUUCUAUCAAACCACUCACUGGUAGCAUUCAUUACCUCCUCCUCGUUCACAUUCUCUGCACAAAGGCAAAACAAAUUGAUAAAAGUAUUGACUGCACCAAACAUUGUACAUGAACACAAAGGCAUAAAUAUGGCAGAAUUAGUGGUGGAUGGAGAGCCCCACAUGUGUGAGGAAAGGGUAGAAAAAGACAGCAAGAUCAGGGAGGGUAUGAGUAGCAGGCCACUGUCAUCACCAGACGUGACAUUGUUUUGUGAUGGAUGUUGUUUCAGAAAUGAUAAGGGUACUCUUUCUGCUGGGUAUGCAGUGGUGUCCAGUGUAGGGGAGGGAGAUGACCUGACAGUAACAGUUCAACAGAAAUUGUCAACUAAACCAUCGGCUCAAAGAGCUGAAUUAUUAGCUUUAACAUCAGCAUUGCAAAAAGGAAGUGGUAAAAGGGUGAACAUAUAUUCAGAUUCUGCAUAUGCAGUAGGGGCAGCUACAGUUGAGCUGCAAGGGUGGGCCAAAGUGGGAUUUGUGACAUCAACAGGGAAACCAAUCAAACAUGCAGAAGAAGCCUCUCAACUGCUAGAAGCUAUAGUACUACCAAAGGAGGUGGCCAUAGUAAAGUGCUCAGCACACACUAAUGGCAGAGAUUUUGUAUCUGUAGGAAAUGCAGCCGCAGACAAAGCAGCAAAGCAGGCAGCUGGCUACGUGCCAUUACAGAUGAUGGUCAGAGCACAAGAUGAGGUGUUGAAUUUAGACCCAGCCUUAACAGAACAGUUCAUAAUUAGAGAGCAAGCUGCAUCCUCACCAGAAGAACAAACUACCUGGUUACAAAAAGGGGGAACAAAAACAGACUCGGGACUGUGGAGAGGUCCAGAAGGAAGCCCUGUGUUGCCAGCAAGAGUAGCUGUCUCAGUGUUAGCAGAGGCCCACUCACUAGCACAUAGUAAUUCAAAAGAUAUGACCAAAAGGUUAAAAGGGUGGUGGCAUCCAUUUCUUCCACACAUGAUUAGUAACACUAUUGCUGAAUGUCAGACCUGCAGUGAGUAUAAUGUCAAGCCAACCACACAUCCGUUGCCUGGCCAUUUUCCCACGGAUAGAGGUCCUGGGUACAUGACUGUGAUUGACUUCACAGACAUGAUAAAUCCUGUCCACAAAAAGAGAUACUUACUGGUCAUGGUGGAUACUUUCACAGGAUGGCCAGAAGCCUACCCAUGUCAGGAGGAUGCAAUGUCAGUGAUAAAAUGCCUCAUCAAUCACUACAUACCUACACAUGGAUUCCCCAAAGUCAUAAGGUCAGACAAUGGUACACACUUUAAAAAUGAGCAUCUGAACCAAGUAGAAUCAGCUCUAGGACUGAAGCACUCAUUUGGAGCAGUCUACCAUCCUCAAAGCCAAGGUAAAGUUGAACGACUGAACCUGACACUAAAAAACAAAAUAGCCAAAAUCUGUGCAAGCACUUCUCUGAAUUGGGUAGAAGCAUUACCAAUAGCUUUAAUGUCUGUGAGAUGUUCAAUAAACAGAACCACUGGAUUUACUCCUUUUGAAUUAACCACUGGACGCCAAUUUCCUGGCCCCUGGGCCCCAAUGCCUGGGGAUGGGUACACUGAUACACCUAAGGCCUACCAACAAAAAGUAAGAGCUGUUAUUAACACAUUUUCCCCACAGAAGUUUUGGCCUGAAAUAGAGCAACAGGAAUUGGACACGAAAAGAGGACCUGACGAGCAGUGGGUGAGGCUGAAACAAAUGAAACGAAAAUGGUGCCCCAGGUGGUCAGAGCCCAUGAAAAUAACUGCGCGAACCUCGCACUGCGUACAGUUGGCUGGAAAAGGUAACACAUGGUUUCACUUGUCUGCUUGCUGUUUCUGUUCUGCCCCUAGCAGGUCUCUGACAACAGUUCGAGCUGACCUUCGAGAAGGUCAGAGAGAGGGAGAAGAGGGAGAAGAGACGGAAGACGGGGAAACAGCAACAGACCAACCCGAGGAGGGAGACAAACAAAAAGGAGAUAAUAAUUCUGGUGCUAAAUCAUGAGGGAUAAUGUUAACAAGGUGGUCACAUGUUGGGGGGUGGGAAUUGUUGUAGUAAUAAUAACGUUGAUACUGUGGAAUGAAACAAGAGAGGGAGCGACUCAAGGCAGACACAAAAGAGAUGUCAUAAGGGGUGGGGGAGAAGCAAAACUAACUCUGGUAAGGGAAAAAGGAAAAGAUGGCCUGUGGGAAUUUGACUUAUGCCAGGUGAUUCACUGUGAGGGAGGAGGAAUGGCCUGGAGAGGAUAUGAUGUGUAUGGAUGUUUCUGGCCUAGCACUGAAAAAAGGCCAAAUGGACCAUGGUGCCACACAUGGCAUGAUGUGUUCUGGAUGACCAAACCAGGUUAUACUAAAAAUAUGCUAGCAAAAAGCCCUAUGGCCAAAUCUGAUUCACUAUAUAAUCGACUGCGUAUACAUAGGGGACUGCAAACAGCAUGGGGUAAAAUGACAAAUAAAAUUAUUAUUACACUAAAAAAUGGACCAGAUAGGCCCGAGACAUUCAUAACUUUAGGAGUUGAUGUGACAGGAAAAGACCCAUUGGGACUCAUACGAAUAGUGGUGGAAAGCAAAAACACCACCUCAGCUCCACUGCCAGACAAAGAUUUAACUAAGAAGGAAAAAAUAAUUAAAAGCAUAGACUACGGUUCGUUAACCCCAUUGGAAUUAAUGACAUUAGAAACAGGAUAUCAAGAUUCAAAUCUGUGGUUAGAGUGGGUGUACAGUGCUGCCCAAGAUGCAGGGUAUGAAGGGUGUGUAGCAUGUGCUGCUGGAAGACCAAAAUUAAUCACAGAACCAGCACCACUGCAUUCAGAAGAUGAGUGGGGUUACAAAUGUAUGUUAGCGCUGACCAAAGAAAAGAAUCCAGUAAACUGCACAACCCUAAGUAAGUUGUACCCUGCUACUAAUAAUAACUCUAAAAUAGGAGUCAAUUUUCAACGUGCUGAGAAUAACUAUACCUGCUUUAACUUCACCACAACUGCCUCCCCAAAAAUACUGACUGGAGCCUUUAAAACAGAAUGGUGUGGAAAGAUAGUGCAAAAUUCCCACACUCAGAUUGGCAACCUAGCAAGACAAGGCCUGUAUUACGCAUGUGGAAAAAAGGUAAUUAUAGCUAGAAUAGAACCCCAAAUGGAAGGGUUGUGUGCCAUGACAAGGUUAGCUGUACCAAUGACCAUAGUGGGGAAUAGAGAUCAAAAUUGGACACCUGGAGCUAAAAAAGUGGCUGAGGCCGGGAGCAGAAGGAGAAGGGUAGUACCAACAUCAUUUGAUUUGUCAAAAAACACCCCCACCUACACAGAUGCCAUAGGAAUACCCCGAGGGGUGCCUAAUGAACACAAAUUAGUUAAUCAGAUAACAGCUGGAUUUGAGAAUUUACCAAUAUUUUCAGCAAUAUUUCCUAUAACCCCCAACAAAAAUGUAGAUAGAAUCAAUUUUGUGCAUUAUAAUGUAAUGAGACUCUCUAAUUUAACAAGAGAUGCAGUUGAUGGUUUGAAGGAACAACUGGCUGCCACAUCAUUGAUGACCAUACAGAACAGACUGGCCCUAGACAUGCUUCUGACAGAGAAGGGUGGAGUUUGUGCCAUGAUAGGGGAAACCUGUUGUACUGUAAUACCCAACAACACAGCCCCUGAUGGGUCAGUAUCCAAAGCCCUUGAUGGUUUAAAAGAACUAUCUGAUGAAAUGGCUAGGAGCUCUGGUGUAGAUAACAAGGUAACUAAAUGGAUGGAUGAUAUGUUUGGAGCAUGGAAAGGUGUGAUAAUUUCAAUGUUGACCUCAAUGGCAAUAUUUCUAGCAAUAUUAGUAACAUGUGGCUGUUGUUGUAUACCAUGCAUAAGAAGCCUGAUGACUAGAUUAAUAACAACUGCAAUUGAAAAGAAGGAGUCACCACCUCCUUACCAAAUGCCAUUAUUAGCAGCAGUCGGUGACAUGGAAGAUGAGGAAGAAGUGGAGCAAAGGUUGUGAUCUCUUUUAGAGAGAUCAAGAGAGGGAAUUGUGGGAUUUAUGUUUUAAAGGAUUUAUGUUUU